UUCCUCUUCUUGCAAAAUUGAAAUUAAUCGUCGUAUUUUUUUAUUUCUAUAUUUUUUUUUAUUCUCAACAUUCUGCAAAUAAACAGCUGCAGCGAUUGGACGUGCAAACAAGUGUUCUGGGCCAACAAGACAAAUUACAAGAACGAAAAAAUCAUAAAUUUUACCAAGUUUUUAAACAAAUACUGCUAUUUAACAAGAUAACAAAAUGUCCGAAAUAGAAGCUCCGCAAGUUAUAGCCGAAUCAUUGGUACAACAGGGUGUCGAAUAUGUUUUCGGUAUUAUUGGCAUUCCGGUUGUCGAAUUAUCUAUGGCAUUUCAAGCGGCCGGCCUAAAAUACAUUGGUAUGCGCAAUGAACAAGCUGCUUGUUAUGCUGCUCAAGCAAUUGGAUAUUUAACUGGUAAACCAGGUGUUUGUUUGGUGGUCUCUGGUCCUGGUUUAUUACAUGUUACAGGUGGUAUGGCUAAUGCUCAAGUCAACUGUUGGCCCUUAAUCGUUAUUGGCGGCUCGACCAAUCAAGAUCACGAAGGUAUUGGUGGUUUCCAAGAGUGCAAUCAAGUUGAAUUGUCACGUCCCUACUGCAAGUAUGCGGCCCGCCCACCAACUGUGGCUCUCAUUCCAUUGCAUGUCGAGAAAGCUGUACGUUAUACAACUUAUGGUCGUCCUGGUGUUGCCUAUUUGGACUUCCCUGGCAAUCUGUUGCAAUCUAAAGCACCCGAGGAGAAAAUCUACAAGACUUUAGCUUAUCCCGUUGCUCCUUUGGCUUAUCCUUCGCAUGAGGAUGUCAUGAGAGCUGCCAAUUUGUUGCGUUCGGCCAAACGUCCAUUGGUUAUUAUUGGCAAGGGUGCCGCCUAUUCUCAUUCUGAAAAUAUUUUAAGACAUUUUAUUGAAAAUACCAAUUUGCCUUUCUUGCCGACACCCAUGGGCAAGGGUGUGGUAUCCGAUACCGCUGACCAGUGUGUGUCUUCGGCACGUACGUUGGCCUUGCAAAAAGCUGAUGUUGUUUUGUUGUUGGGUGCACGUUUGAAUUGGAUUUUGCAUUUUGGCAAGCCACCACGCUUCGAUCAGGAUGUUAAAUUUAUACAAGUUGAUGUUUGCGCUGAAGAAUUGCACAAUUCCGUCACUGCUUCCGUGGCUAUACAAUCGGACAUUAAACCAUUUGCCGAACAUUUGUUCGAGCAAAUGAAUGCCAUCAAUUACCGUUUCUCCAACGACCAUGACUGGUGGAAAACUUUGUCUGCCAAAUGCAGACAAAAUCGUGAUGCCGUCCAUCAAAUGGCAAUGGAUACAGCUACGCCUCUCAACUACUAUGCUGUUUUCCAUCAUUUGCGUGAACAGAUUCCCAAUGAUGCCAUCAUUGUAAGUGAGGGUGCCAAUACCAUGGACAUUGGUCGUUCUAUGCUUUUGAAUACAUUGCCACGUCACCGUUUGGAUGCCGGUACUUUUGGCACCAUGGGUGUUGGUCCAGGUUUUGCCAUUGCAGCCGCACUCUUCUGUCGUGACCGUUUCCCGGGCAAACGGGUGGUUUGUGUUGAAGGCGACAGUGCUUUUGGUUUCUCUGGUAUGGAAAUUGAGACCAUGGUCCGUUAUAACUUGCCCAUCACUGUUGUUAUUGUCAAUAACAAUGGUAUUUAUGGUGGCUUCGAUCAGGACACUUUUGAUUCCAUUCGCAGUUCUGGCGAUUUGACACAAGUCACUCCACCAUCCGCUUUGGGUGUUCAGGUUCACUACGAAGAGAUGAUGACAAUGUUCGGCUUGAAAGGUCACUUCUGCAAGUCUAUUCCCGAAUUGCAAGCUGCCGUCAAAGAAGCACAAAAAUUGAAAAAUCAACCAACCAUUAUUAAUGUGGCUAUUAGCCCUGCAUCUGACAGAAAACCACAAUCGUUUAAUUGGCUAACUGAAUCCAAAUUGUAAAAGAAAUAAAACAAAAAAAUAAUAAUCAAAUUCUAAAUGUAGCAGCUGGGUGGAAUGGAGAGCUAUUUGUAACACAAUCCUUUUAAUUGUUAUAAAUAAGUGUGAUGUCAUCUGUAUUGUGACUGUGGAGUAAAAAAAAUGUCUUAAUACUUUAAAGUAAUUGUGCAUUAGAACGAAAAUCAUUCCUUUUUUUAUAUAGUUAAUUAUUAAUUAAUCAUUUUUUGUUUUUAAAGUUUCACAAUAAAAAGUGUUUUUAAGAA